UAACAAUCGGUUCGGUACCUACCUACUUCGGUCAGCCGAUCACUCAAUUUUCAUUUAUAUUUCAAUUCCUACACUCGUAUGGCGUGGUAGCGAGCUCGCCUCAUUUUUAAAGUUUCAUUAAUUACACAAGAGUACAAUAAUAUUUGCUGUUUAUAAACACAACAUUAUUUUAUAAAAUCAAUAUUCUCUAAUGGUGAAUAAAGUGUUUAUAAUUACAUUUUCUCAAAAUCCCCACCGGGAUUCUUAAAUAAUAAUAAGGUACCUACUUAAUUCGGGGUUUGUGCCUACAUACCAAACGAUGAUAUCUGGUACCGUUUGUUGGCUGUACUUAUUUUGUAUCUGCAAUGUUAUUAUGCCAUCUCAAAGUGUGACAUCCUGGGGAGACAAACAACUAUUUCCACCAAACCAAAUUCCUGAGGAUGGUCUUAGUCCUAGACGAUCAGUAGUGAGGCGUAAAAUCGUGCUAUAUCACAAUUUUUUUCGAACUAAAGUUAGACCUACUUCUUCUAAUAUGUUAUUAAUGUCAUGGCAUCCACUCGCAGCUCAAAAGGCGCAAAAAUAUGCAGAAAAGUGCAUUUUCCUGCAGCACAACGACCCCAACGAAAACGCGGUACCUUAUCUUGGCAAUUGCGGGCAAAAUAUCUUUGUAUCGACGCAUAAAACACCUUGGUUCUUUGCCCUAAAGUCAUGGUUCCUUGAAUAUCGGAACUUCACGUAUGGAUCACCAGUUCGUGACCUGAAGGCGGUGGGCCAUUACACGCAAAUGGUUUGGGCCACGAGUCACAAGGUUGGCUGUGGCGUGGCCCAUUGUGCUGGAGGGCCAUGGGGACAGUUUUAUAACUACGUGUGUCAUUAUUGUCCAGGGGGCAACUACGACACUAUACUUCAGUACCCGUACAAAGCGGGUAAGCAAUGCGGCGACUGUCCAAACCACUGCAUCUCGGACGCUCUCUGCACAAACUCCUGUCCCGUUAAAGAUUUCUAUUCAAACUGUGACUCUUUGCUCAAAAUGCCCGGAUUUUGUAAGCAAGGAACUUGUAACGCGACUUGUGCAUGUGGUAAUGAGAAAAUACAUAAGAAUCAUCCUUGGUAGGAUUAUAAUAAUUGUAUAGGUAAUUUAUAUUGUUACAUAAUUAGUAAUACUUAUUUAGUUUUUAACUGUAAAUAAACUUAAUUAUAGGCUUAACUUUUAUUU